AAAAAAAUUGAUUUGGAAAUGAACUUUGCUGAGUAUGUUUUAAAUGCAGGAAAAGUCACCCCUGGGAAUGAGCAAAGGGUGGAAAGGAGUUCUUCUAAACUGCAGAAGAAACAGAAUGAAAGCAUCGUGCAUGCAGUAUGUGCUCUGCUGAAUUCCGGAGGAGGAGUGGUCAAGGCUGAGACUGAGAACAAAGACUAUAAUUAUGACAGUCAUGGAGUAGGAUUGUAUUUGCCUUCAACUUUCAAAGGCUAUUUAGAUGAGAUGCAGCAGGGAGAUCUCUUUUUGAUUUUUGUGAAAUCAUGGAUGCCAGAGGCCUCUGUAUAUGAUUUGCUUACCUUGUGCUCCUCUUUGUGCCACAGACAUAAAACAUGUACUAAUGCCAUGAAUUCUCAGGAAGCACUGUCAUUCCCCAAAGGCAGGAUUCAGACUCUUACAAAUAUUAAUGAUUCUAAUUCAUUAAGUCCACAGAAAUUUCAGGUUCGUGUACAAAAUGAAGGUAACAUAAAGGCUUCAGCUGCUGUUUUAUUUGAUAGCAUUCAGCACCUUCAGUACGAGGAAAAGCUCAACUUUACUAAGUCCACGCGCGUUGAAUUUAAGAUGUUCUCAACAGAGAUGACACAAUGUUUACCCAGGUGUGCUUCUGCAUUUGCAAACACUGAGGGAGGGUAUGUAUUUUUUGGCCUGCAUGAUGAGACCCAUCAAGUCACUGGAUGUGAAAAAGAGAAAACAGAUCUUGCCACUUUGAGGGCUUCUAUUGAUCGCUAUAUUAGGAAGUUAUCAGUCCAUCAUUUCUGUACACAGAGGCGUGAGAUAAAAUAUGCCACCAAAUUCGUUGCAGUACUCAAGCAGGGGGUCCUCCAUGGAUAUGUCUGUGCAGUCAGCAUGGAACGAUUCUGCUGUGCAGUGUUUGCCAAAGUGCAUAAUUCCUGGCGGGUGAAGGACAAUCGUGUGAGACAGCUGGCCACAAGGAAUGGGAAUAGAAUCAGCAAUGAUUUUAAUGAGUUGCAGAUGCCUGACAUUAAUUCCUAUAGAUACAGUUGGGCCCUCCAGGCCCUCCAGCCUCAGGACUGGCAGGUGAGCUGGGGGUCCUGGGGACAGGCUGAGGGCUGUGUCCUGCAGAGCUCCAGAGCCCUCUCCAUGGCCGCCCACUGGUCGGGCCUGGGCACUGUUGGGAAGACCCAGACCAGGUGCUGGACGAACGCUCCCAUGCAGGUUUUCAACGAUCCUCUGCAAAACGUACUUACGUGCUCCUGCUGCCUACUGAACUUUUGCUUCAGAGAAUACAAAGGCAGACCACCACGGGACCCUCCUCCAACUCGUGGGCCCUCGGGCUCCUCAACAGGGCAGAAGGAACAAGGUCCAGGUGGCGGCCCCACGGAGGCCAGACCCAGGGGUGGGUCUCAAGGCCGCCACUCGAGCCCCGGCUUUCUGAAAGGGGACAGGGGUCUGGACACUGACGACCGGCGGGCGCAGGGGGCCCACAAGUGUCUGCUCGGCAGCGCUGCACAGCGGUCACGGGAUCCUGGUAUUUCAACCCGCAAGUCGACUUCGAGCUUUGCUUUAGAACGACCCUCCAGGACAAAUGAACAAGAACUUAAAGGAAAAGCUGGCCGCACCCCCAUGCCGCGUUUUUAA